GAGUUGAAUCUCACCAAGAUGCAGUUGAAGACAGGCCUCGCGGGAUUUGAUGCUUUUGCUAUUUUACUACAGCACCUCACACAUGAUUUAUCUGACCAAGCUGAGCAGAAUGAUCAGCUGACUGAAACAUUAAAAACAAAGUAUGCUGAUGAAAAAAGACUUCUCCAAGAAGAAAAUGCAGCUGCAACAAAGAAAAUGAGGAAUGAGUUCGAAAUUGAAGAAGAGCAGAAAAGAAUGGCUGCAGAGAAUCGGGAACGCCAGCUCCAAAAUGACGCAUUCAAUUUAAAAUUUCAAUGUGAACGAUUAAGACACAAAUGUAAGAUGCUCGAGGAUGUCCUUCAAAAAGACUCGGAUGAGAAACUUCAGGCAGCGAUUGCUCAAUAUAAACAUUUACCAAAGGAGGUUGAAAGCCUGAAAACAGUGCUGGAGCUGAGGAACAAAAUGUACAUGAUUUACGAAGGCAAAAAAUGGAAUUAGAAAAAGAGCUUGAAGUGAUUCCUGAACAUGAAGAAAAGAUAAAACGAUAUGAACGACGUAUUGAAGAAUUAAAAGCAAUUGUUGGAAGGAAAGCCGAUUUAGAGAGACAAUUAUCAUCCGAACACAGAGCAUUGAAGGAAACGUUAGACAAACAGUCGACGGAAAAGAAACGCCUUUCAAUGGAAAAUGAGGAACUCGUUUGGAAACUACAACAAAGUGAGUGUGGGUCCCCAGUUUGCUUGACUCCACCUACCCCUACAAGGACGACACGAAUGCCUUCUCCAACCAAUUCAUUUAGUCGCACAAAUCUGUUACGUUUAAGCUCAUCGGAGAGUCACGAUAACGUGUUCAUGUCGUAUGAACAGAAGAUGGACCAGAGUUUAAAUUGACGGAUGAAUAAAUAAGUCAUCCACCAUUUUGAAAUUCAAAACCUUUAUAAAACUUUGAGGAAUUUGUAGUCAAGUUUUACACAAAGGGAAUAUAAUUCUGUAGGUAUAUUGUUGAAACAAAAUCCCGUAUUAAUAACGUGGGACUGUCGGAAAAUACAGUCCUAUAGGAAAGCGGAGGGACUGUUUACAUACACCCUAUAGGAAAAGACAGCAGAAACUAGGAAACAGCAUUCAUAUGGGAAGACAAAAUCAACUUUUAAUCCUACAAUAUUUCAACUCAACUUGAUGCAAUUUUGUUGACAAACAAUGAAUGUAUACUUACAUUACAGAACAACUAAUGAAUAUUUAGCUUUCAAAAAUAACCAAUUAGUGUGGACCAAUUAAUGACUUUAAUCAUUUCUCGACUCAACUCCAGUUUACGUAUAUCAGGUGGAAUAGUUAGUAUUCUGCUACUUUUCACAAAAUACCGAAAGGUCCACUGAUUAAUCUCAGAUAAGAAAGUAUAAUAAUAAAUCUGAUGAUGACAUAAUUAAUGUUGAAAUGUUGAAUCCCAACAAGUAUUUCAAUACGUGGAGUAUGUAUUAUACUUUCUUUUCACAAACUAAGUAUUGGAAUGUAAUCUGUUUUAGCACUGUGUAUCCUGAACACUAAAUCUGGGUUUUGAUAUCCCAUAAUAAGAUUAUAUGGUAACUGAGUGUGUGUUGGCAAUGUGAGGUAAAGUGUUCAAGGUGUAGGUUGUGUCUCAGGAAUGAGGAAAGAAAAUUGUACUUUAUUUAAUAUGACAGCAAAAUGUUGUACUUUAUAUAAUGUGGAAGCCAAAUGUUGUAUAUGGGCUGAGUAGAUUGCUUCACCAAUGAGUAUCAGGUGCAGUCUGGUGUGGUAGAGGGCAAGCGGUUGCCUAGAUUGAUUCUAGUGAUUAAUGGGGCAAGUAAAGUGUAGUUGCUCACUGAGUUUUGGGCAAGUAGUGAUGAGUUUUUGUUGAGAAUGAAUAUUGUUUAGGUUAUUGAUAUAAUGAUCUGGGGUUAUUGACCUCCAAUUUAGGUCAUUGACCUUUUGGUAUUAUUCUGUUGAAACUUUUUGUGUGUGGAUUGUAAUGAUUACAAUUGAGUUUGAGAAGACAUCUUUAUAUGAAUGACAUCAUUUCUAUAAAAAAAAAAAAAAAGAAUGACGCCAUUGAUUGUAUAGUGAGAUGAAUGUGUUUGCAAAUAGUUUGGUUUUUCUUGCUGAAAAUAGGCUGAAAAUGUUCAAUAGCUUUCAACCUAACUGUUAAUAAAUUAAGUUGUAUUGUUA